AUGCAGGAUAACAGAGAAUCUAGCGAGCUACGAUCGUGCUAUACCUGUGGGAUCUGUGAGUCCAUUUAUGAGUUAGUGGAAAUUGAGACUCAUGAAUGUGUACAAGGUUACCAUCAAAUCAUCACUGAUGAAAAUUUAUAUUUUUAUGCAAAAGACGGUAAAAGUUUGGUCAACGAGGAUGAACAGGUUGUGGCCGACAAUUCCUGCCACAAUGAAAGUGCUCAAAAUGCAUCCUGGAUGAAUGAGAAAAUUCGUCUGGAGGAGCAGCUUAUCUCAGAAGUUCGACAAAGGCCUCCUCUGUGGAAUUUCAAACUUCCACUUAUAGAACGUGGAAUUCGUAGGAAAGAGAUACUGUGGGAAGAAAUUUCCAUAAGACUCAAUAGAAUAAUGUCAACCAAGGAGUUUAAGAAGAAAUGGAAAUCUCUCUGUGACUCCUUCAGAGCACAUUGUAAAAAGAAGAAGUUGCCGAGUGGAUCUGCGGCCUCAUCAAGUAGUUCGUGGGUCCAUUACAACAGCAUGCAAUUUCUUUUAGAUUCAACUACAAGGCUUGUAUGUAACAUCACACAAACGACAACGAACGCAUUGAACACUGAAGUUCCAGCAACGGAUGAUACUGAAGCAGUGAAUGAAAAUUAUGAAAUGGAUACUAACAUUUCAUCCGACAGAUGUGCCAGAAACAGUUCUACUAGUAAGUGGAGGAGACUUGAUGGUGAUGAUGACCUACAAGACUUGGUGGAAGCUUUGGUGAAACCAGUCACCUUCGACCAACCUCUUCACAUAAAUGUGGACGUAACAAAAUCCGCCACCGGCGCCACCGUAACGGAACUCGCGCGCGAAGAUUCUGUUACGCACUUUACAAGAUUUAUGGAGAGUGAGCUACGAAAAAUCGAAGAUGAAGAUGCACAAAAUGAGAUCAUACGCAAUCUAUUCGAAGUUCUUUUUGACACUAAACGCGAACUUAUGAAUAAACAUAACUAA